AUGGAGAAGAUGGAGAAAAUGAUUUGUGAGAGUAAGAAGAUGAUCAUGGAUUGGGGAAGACUUCCAACUUGUAUUGGUACAACAAUCUUCUCUAAACUUGUUAUCUCCAAUUUACCUAUUUGUAGGUUAGUCUGUAGAACUUGGAAUCAUAUAGUUUUGGAUUAUGCUUCUGCUACUCAAUUUCAAUGUCUUACUACGGCUUUGCUUAUCUGCACAAAUGAUGAAGCUAUUAGUUUCUUGGAUGAUAGUUCUAAAGUUAAUUGCAAUGCCACAAUGCAAUGCAUGGAUUUUGAUUCCAGAAAGCAUUUGCAUGCAAACUUUGAUUUGGAUUCCGAACUGAUGAAAUCUCCAUCGUUAUUGUUUGAUGGCAAUUGGAGUAUCCAUAUAAUAAGCCAAUGCAAUGGAUUGUUGUACGUUAUCACGAAUAAUUAUGAAUAUCAUGGCUUGUAUAAUCAUGGCAUAUUUAAUCCUAUGACGAAUGAGUUCAUUCAAAUUCCUUGGCAUGAUGAAUAUGGAUAUGAUGUGAUUGGAUUUGGUUGUGGCAUUUCCACAAAGCAAUACAAAUUGUUUAGAGUUAGAACCACUUUUCCUAGAGGAGGAGAAGGGAGGAAAGGAAUGGAAAUGGAUGUGUUGAGGUUUGGUAACGACAACAAAUGGAGAUACCUACCUUUUCUGCCUUCACCAUCUCACGUCUUUGUUUGCAGUGCGUAUUUGAAUGGAGUGAUCUAUUGGUUGGGAAAAGUAGAAGCUAAAGAGAACGAGGUGGUCAUACAUGCUUUUGAUGUUGAAACUGAAAAAUUUGAAUCAAGUACUAUUUUGGAUGUCGGUCUAGUUGACCAAGAGUCCUUGAACCUUUAUAAAUUUAAAGAAACCAUUUAUGCAACCUUCAUCGAGAUGACUUAUGAUUCCAUUCAAGUAUGGAAGAUGCAAGAGAAAGGUUCAUGGAUUCCGGAAGUACUUGUUAUGGAUGACAUACCAAAUCAUUGGAGAGACCUUACGAUCAUUGAAGCCUUAGAAGAUAGAGAGACGAUCUUGUGCAUGGUCAAUUUUCGAUUUUUUUGCUUCUAUAAUUCUAUCUUUGGGAGGAGGAGGAAGAAGGUCAUACCAAGGUAUCGAGAGAAAACAAGGUUUCGAAGUAUAUGGAAAAUAGAAUCCUUGAAUUUUGGUUCUUUAUCAAAUAUUUUGUCGGGUGAAUGUCAAUAA